AUGGCGCGCCGCUUCGAGAGGAUCUACGACGCGGUCGAGCCCGUCAAACAGAAUCGACACGGUGGCUGCCAUCCGGUGCACCUGGGCGACAUAUCCAGUUCUCGGUACAAAACCGUCGCAAAAAUAGGUUAUGGUCAAUAUUCCACCGUGUGGCUAGCUCUGGACCAGAGGCACAAGUCAUCAUCACACCUUGGCGCUAAUUUCUUGAAACGAAAGAUGAGAAGAAACAGGUCUCAGCGGUAUGUCGCACUGAAAGUCGUCAAAGCGGAACAGUCAAAGACAAACGAUGAACUCGAGUACUGUUGA